AUGCGGCGGCUCUCGUCGCACCAGCUGCCCGCAGCAGGAGCGGGUGCCGGCGGCACCGCGGCGCCGUCGGGGCGCUCAGGCCUCCCGUCCUGCCUCCGCAGGAGGAUCGAGGACUGCCUGCCGCCCCUGGAGGACUCCCCGGCUAAGAGGUUCUCCCCAGCCAAGCGCAAGCAGUACUACAUCAACAAGGCCAUCCGCAACUCGGACCUCAUCCCCAAGGCCAAGGGGCGCAAGAGCCUCCAGAGGCUGGAGAACACUCGGUAUCUCAUGACGCUUCUGGAGCGAGACGAAUGUGGGAACGAGGAGGGGGAGCUUGAGCGCUCAGCAGCUCCGAGCAUCUUCAGCGAGGCCUGCAACAACGAGAGCUACGUGGAGAUCUGGAACGACUUCAUGAACCGCUCUGGAGAGGAGCAGGAGAGAGUCCUGCUCUACCUGGAGGAGGAGGCCAGGAAGAAACACAGAGGGAAGCUGCCCGUGAAGAACGAAGACAAAUGGAAAGAGCACCCGGCCUACACCCCCAGGGAGUGUUUCCAGCGCAUCAGCCGCCGUCUUCGCGCCACCCUGAAGCGGGGCCGGAUCCCCAUGGGGACCCUCGAGUGCCUGGAGGAGGAGCUGCUGGCCUUUUUCUCCGUCACCCCGCACUCGGUCUACACAGCACUCAUGGACAACAGCUUCGAGCGACUCCUGCUCCACGCGCUCUGCCAGUACAUGGACCUCGCCUCGGCCAGUUCGGACAUUGAAGGGAAACGCCAGAUGAAAGUGAGCAACAAGCACCGCGUCUUCCUGCGCCCCGAGCUCCUGCUCUCGGACUACCUGGAGCAGAUGAGCUGAUAGCUGCCGGCUGCCCGGCCGCUUGCUUCGUGCGCUGGAGGCUUCGUUCCCGGCUCCUGGUCUCUCCCAGUCGCUUGGUCCCUGCUGCCCGACGAGCCUGACCUGCUGCACAGCACAGCGCACGGAUCCGCUCCCGCCGCCCCGCGCGGGGCUCUCCCCUUCCCGCCCCUCGGAGCGGGAGCUCGGGACCGCAGCCCUGCGUGGGGUGCACAGUGUGGGCCUGGCAGUCGUGCCCUCCGUCCUGACGAGGCCCCAGGCCUGCUCCAAGGAACAGUGCCCUGAUCCCUCAGGGAUACCUGGAAUCCUGUGCAGCUGAGGGGUGGAAAGGGGGCAAGAACUGCUCGUCUUGCUGUGCUGGUCUGGCAGUACCAAACUGACUGCUGGCACGCUUUCUGCAGAGGCCAGAUUGCCUGCUUUUUUUCU